AUGAGCUUCGGUCAGGGUCGAAUAACUCGGCAUCUUGGACACUGGACCCCUCUGACUCGCCGCAUCACCACUUUGAGCACCCCCGGCAUGGCCUCAUCCGUUGUCGCGAGCUCAUCCAGCUCGAUCGCCUCGUCCUCCGCGAGCAAGAAGGAGCAACCACCGCGAGUCCGGCGCAUAGGACCGCAACUCCUGGCCGAUGAACUGGUCGCAGAAGAACUUAUCGCCGGAGCCCCGACCGUCAAAGGAGGCAGGGAACUCACAACCGACCGGUCAGCUACGAAUCAGCGACGUUCAGGAGUGAGACCGAGAUGCUGACCAAUGCUUUCACCUACUACAUCUUGUAGAGACCCCUGGACACACAAUGCUUGGUUCGUCCCGAAUCGAUCAAAUAUCCCUAACUGCUCGUCCCAGCUCAACCCAUUCCUUCUCCCCACUUCCCCUUCAUCAGGGACAAGAUCCCAUGGGACCGGGAACAGCAAGAACAGGCACAAGCAGCGAUAGAACGACAAAAACUCGAUGCCGUACCCGCUGAACUUCAGGAGCAGUACAAUGCCGACCCGGCGGCUUACUGGGACAGCUUUUACAAGAACGUCAAAGGUGGGGGGGGGGCUCCACGAGCAAUUCGGGACGAUCAAAGAACUGACUCUGAUCACUUUGCGGGCGCCUCGCAGACAACUUCUUCAGUGACCGUGCUUGGUUGAGAAAUGAGUUUCCCGAAUUGUCUGACGCCAUCAGAGCCGAUGUGAGCUUGACUCCUCUUGGGCUCAGUUCACGGCGACCGACGAACUGACGAUCCGAGGCAAUUCUCAGGCCGGACCUAAAACGAUCGUCGAGAUUGGGUGUGGACCCGGCAAUACCUUGUUCCCGCUUUACUCGUUCAACGAGAACCCGCAGCUGAGUCUACACGGCUACGACUUUUCCAAGCAAGCCGUCGAUCUGGUCCUGGUACGUUCAGUCGAUGCCCCUUCUCACUUUAUCUGCAGACCCCAUCCUAAUCUUCUUCCUCGAACUUCCCAGGCGAAUCCAUCCUUCAACCCUCAACACCUAACCUCGGCCGUAUGGGAUCUCGCAUCCCCCCUGGGUCUGCCCCCGACCCUAACCGCCGGAAGCGUCGACAUCGCGCUCCUGAUCUUCUGUUUCUCCGCUCUCCAACCCCUCGAAUGGGCCCAAGCGUUCUCGAACCUAUCCACGAUGCUCAAACCCGGUGGGUUGAUCUUGUUUCGCGAUUAUGGCAGGAAUGAUAUGGCGCAGUUGAGGUUCAAGAAGGGGAGAUUGAUGGAUGAUUUUGGAGGGUUGUAUGUCCGGGGUGAUGGGACUAGGGUUUAUUUCUUUGAGAGGGAUGAGUUGUUGGCUAUCUUUGGGGGGUUGAAGGGAGGGGAGAUGGCAUCGACGACGACUGAGGUGAAGGCGGCGGAGGAAGGAGAAGCGAAUGGAAGCGAGGCAAAGGAGGAGGAGCCAGAAUCAAAUGGAAGCGAGGCGAUGCCUUCGGAUGCAACGACCUCGAACCCGAAACCCAUCAUGGCACCUGAAGCGAUCGCGAUGCGCACCAUGGACAAGCGCUUCGAACUGUUGCAGUUGGGCGUCGAUCGAAGGCUGUUGUUGAACAGGAAGAAGAUGAUCAAGAUGUAUAGGGUCUGGCUACAAGGGAGGUGGAGGAAACCUUUGGAGAAUGAGGAAUGA